AUGGCGGGUGUCUGGGAUCGUCAUCACUCGAACGACUACAGCGGAGACGGAGUCGGUGACCCGCGAGUAGACGUAGGAAAUUCACCGGGUACCAGCAUGAUAUUAUUCAAUCGCGAGAUUUCACUCAAAUUAACAGCUAUUAUACUUCAGAUAAGUAAAUUAAAAAUGAAUCAAGAUAAAAUUAAAAUUAAUGAAGUGGGCAAGAAAUUUUUUAAAAUCCAAUUUGAUGCUAAAGAAAAAAUUAUUUCCAGGUUAAGUGAUGAAAUAAAUAAUUUUAAAAAGAAAACUGAGAAGUUCAAAAGUAAAACUUAUCGUUUGAGUAUCAAAUUGAAAGAUAAUUAUGAAUAUUUAAAAAAUAUUUUGGACGAAAAAAAUAAUUUUGAAAAACUAUUAAAGGCGGAAACGGCUCAGUUAAAACAAGAAGUUGAUUUUAUGGUAGAAACAAGCAUAAGUAAAUUAAAAAAAAAAAAUGAUGAGUUCAUUAGAGAAGCUGGAAAACAUAAAUCGAUUACUGCUAUAUAUGUGGGAAGAUUAAAUAAGUUGGAUGAAUUUACCAAACAAGAAAAAGUACUUGAACAGAAAUAUAUAAAUAUGAAAGAACAAAAUGUAAUCAUGGAUAAAAAUUAUGAGAUUACAUUGAAAAAUAUGAAAGAGAAUAAAUUUAUAAGUGAACAAAUUUCGAAAAGAAACAUGUUAAAGCGAUGUGUAGAUUUUUCAGUGCACAUGAAAAAACAAUCACUGAUGGUUGAAUGUCCUGUUGAGGGAGCAAGUACCAAUGAGAUCCUUGAUCUUCAUGAAAUGUUGAACAUGGGUAAUAAACAGCAUGAAAUUUAUGAAAAAAAAUGUCUAGAUUUGAAAGAGGAAAAUAAAGUACUUAAAGAAUUAUUGAAAUCAACCCGAGAAAUCAUAAAUGAAAAAAAUGUUGAUGGUUAUUCGAAGAAGAAAAAUUAAUACAUUGACUAAUGGUCUAAAAAUAUUCGACAGAAAGUGAAAAGUUUGGAAAGCGAACUGAUAAACACUAAAGAUUUGCAAGAAGUACAGCGGCCGAAUACAGACACACUAUGCCACGUGGAUCGAAUGAUUCACGUGAUCAAAGUUGACGGUACUAAAGCUGAAUUGAAAGUCGUGGACCGCGACUUGCACGCUGUCCAAGUGGAGUUGAAUGAAAUUCGGUCUGCCAAUCAAUUGCUGAAUCAUCGUAUUUGGAAAACCGAGGACGCGUUGUUAAAUGUUUAUGAGGAAGCGUCGGUUCAUUUGGAAGAGAUGAAAUCUUGUACAAAUAGCUCCAAGGAAAACAUUUUUGGUUUUAUUCAGAAUCUGUAUAAAGAAUUAGAAGGCUUUAUUACCAAUGACGACAAAUUAUUAAUACAAUAA